UUCUACGAAGUCGACCCAGAAGCAGACACCCUGCUCAUCAUCCCCUAUCCACCCAAAACCUUCGCGCCAUGGCAGCAGGCAGACACCCCGCCCCCUUCGCCGCGCUCUGCUGCGACCGCCGACACAUCCGUGCGGAUCAAAGUCUCCUCCAAGCACCUGAGCCUGGCGUCGAAGCACUUCUGCAACAAGUUUCGCCAUCUGCACCAGGUGCAGGGCUCUCUUGAGGCGGAGGAUGGGCGGGUCCAUAUCACGCUGGCGGGGUAUGAUCCCGCGGCGGUGAUCAUCGUGAUGGACAUCAUCCACGGGCGCGGGCGCAAGGUUCCCAGGGCCGUGGACCUCGAGACGCUUGCCAAGGUGGCUGUUUUUGUCGAUGCGUUCCGGUGCGCCGAGGCUGUCGAGGUGUAUGCGGAGCGGUGGUUUGAGAAGCUGGAUGACGGCCCUGUGCCGACCGAGUAUGGGAGAGAUCUCGUGCUCCGGCUGUAUGCAGCUUAUAUCUUUCGCAAGGUCGAGGCGUUCAAGAAAGCUACCCAGGUGGCAGUGUUGCAGAGUGACGGGCCGAUUCGAAGCUUGGGAUUGCAGGUGAGAGAAGGGGUCAUUAGGGAGAUCGACGCUCGGAGACAGCAGCUGGUGAACAAGUCCCUGGACGCUGUGCACGAGACAACCAGGGCUUUGACAGAAGCAACAGGGACAACGACACCAUCUUGUCAUCUUGGCUGCGACACCUUGCUUCUCGGUGCCUUGAUCAGGACACUGAACCGAAAUCAGCUGGUCUGGCCCAGACCAAUCAAGCCCUUCGCAGGAGUCAGCUUCGCCAGCAUCAAGGAAGCCGUG